GUGCCAAAAAGUGGUAAUUUUACAUAUAUAUUUUGGGCACUUAUUGACUUGUUUUAAAAGUAAUUUCAUAUAAAAAAACCAACUAAUUGUAAAUAUUAGUUUUAAUUAACAAAUUAGUCAUUUAUGUUAUUUCUACCUAAUUCCAACACAUUUUUGUAGGUUUUAUGAGCUUAAUGGAAAAAUAGAAGCAAUGAGACCUAUUGGAGACUAAGAAAAAUUGUCAUUGGACCAAAAUUAUGAAGAGGCACAAUUGUCCUCUUGUUUAAAGUGAUAAGAAGAUUUUCUAUUGGUCAAAAAGAGUUGCAGCAGUGUUUUUAUUCUUAAUUAUAAAAGCUAACUUAGCCAUGAAGGAUAUCAUCAUAGUGUAAGCACCGCCUUGUGCAAUUUGCUUAGCAUUAAAAGCCUAUAAAAGGCAUGUGAAGCCAUUCCUUGAGAAUUCAAUUCAUUCCAUACAAAAAACACAACACGCCCAACAUUAGAAGAAACAGGGGAGGAGAGCUUAACGCGUAACGCAGGGAGUGAAGCUCGGAACGACGGAGGAAACUGCGGUGGAUGCACACCAACUGUUUGAGAAAUCAACCGGUGUUGUUAUUUCAUCUCUUUUCUUCUUAUUUGUGUAAAACUAUCAUGGUAAUGAGUAGUUAAAGACACUUUUGUUGGGAUUAGGUGUAAAUUACUCUAUUAGUAUGUGUUUCUAUUGAUAUGGUUUUAUAUAUGGUUUUAGUUGUCUCUCAAUAUUGAUGUUAUCUUUGUUUUCAUUGUUUUAAUCUUUGAUUUGAAUUGUUAUAGACAUAUGCCUUUUGAAUCUAAGAACUAGGAUAAUAUCUAUUGAACUCUAAAUUCUAGACAUAAAUUUAGGUUUUAUAUUCACUUAGAGUAUCGAAUCUUAAUGCUAUUGUAUUGAUUGACGAUUCGAGACAUCGGAGGUUAAUAGAUGCAAUAGAUAUCUCGGCGUUAUCUGGACACGGAAACGUUCGACGAGCGAUACGUGAUAAUAUUGAUAGAUGACUAGAACCUGUGUAACUGAUUAGGGGAAUAUGUAUGAAUGAGUGAUUGAAAGCUAAUCCCAGCAAUUUAAUCUCUCUGUCAAAUUAAUUAUCUUUACUACUUUCAUAUUUUCGCAACUUUCGUAAUCAACCAUCUUUGAAAUCCUUUACUUGAAAUUAUAUUAAUUGUUGAACGGCAUCGAUAUCGCAUCAGUCCCUGUGGAGACGAUAUAAAGAAAAUACUUGCUUUUGCAUUUCAACAAAAUGGCGCCGUUGCCGGGGACUGGCGUUUAGAUAUUGGAGCAUUGCAACAAUUUAUAUUCUUUUAAGUAUUUGUAUAUAUUUGUUUAUAUUGUAUAGUUUUUGCUUGUACUAAUCCUCUUUGCUAGACAAAGAAAGUUGUUUUUCUUGUUUGUUGAAUCCUUUUUCAGAUUCCCCAUUAAAAGUAAAACCAUGACUGAUCGUGGGUAUUACAACUUCUAUACUCCGGGUGAGUAUGAAUCAUAUCAACAGUUUCCUCCUUAUAAUUAUGGGCAAACUUCAGAGGCUAGAUUGGAGGAGACCAUGAUUAAAUUCAUGGAAAUGCAACAGCAACAAAACCAACAAAUGCAACAGAUGCAAGACCAGCACCAACAAUAUCUGAAAAACAGUCUUGCAAGAGCCAAAAAUUUGGAAAAUCAGCUUGUUCAGUUGACUAAACAGUUAGCCAAUAACAAUUACCAAGGAGGAACAUUUCAAACCAACACACAAACCACUCCUGACGAGAAAGAUAAUAAUCCAAUGAAAAAUGAGGAAAGUGGAGAAAGUGUGAAAGGUGUUGAAAACAACGAGGAAGAAAGAAUGCGCGAUGGAUGUGAUGAAGAGAAAAUAGUGAUAGAAAUAGAGACACCACACGAGGUAGAACUUCCUCAAGAAUUGCCAUGUAUUGAGAAGACUAGCACUGUUGAUAAUGAAGAAGUGAUGAUGGGUGCAGAAGAAAUUAAGGGAUUACUUGACAAGGAAAUAUCAAUUGAGCAAAAGAGGGAGAUGGAGAACAAGGCGGAGAUUGACCAGGUCAUAGACGAAAUAUGUGCCUUGUUCAAUAUGAAGCAAUUGGGGAGGAUAUGGACUCCGCAAUAUCUAUAUCUCAAGUUCAUGGAGUUCCUCCCUAACCGAAGGAAAAAGACGGAUGAUGUGCUUUCCGUCUCAUUUUGGCCACCCUAACCAAAAAGGCGUCAAGCUAAUGACGUAAAAGAAGCGCUUGUUGGGAGGCAACCCAAUUUUCUAUCUAUACUAUUUAAAUUCUGCAAUUUAUAAUUUUACUGCACUUAGGCAUAUUUUGAAAGGUUUUAAAUGAUCCAAAAUUGGAACCAUUACUUCUGGUGUGAAAGUUCUGCUUUUUUUUUUUGUCAUGUGUGUUGCAUUUGCUAAGCUAAAUUUCCAUGGCUAAGUGAAUUGUGCAAAUUCUGAAUUUUUAAAGCAGCAACACUCAUAGCUUCCACUUUAGAACUUUCAACCACAUAUCUCUUUAUCUCAUUUUCUGAUUUCAUUGAUAUUGAAGGCAUUGUGAAGUUUUGUUGCUUAUCUAGGAAACACCAUGUUUAUGAAUUUGAGGUUGCUGCCUUUAAGCAGAUUUUGAAAGUGUAUUAUGCUUCAACUGGUCUUUGUUGAUUGUGGAAAUAUGCACUUAUGACAGGGUUACUUUCACUAAGCUGGAAUGUUGAUUUGGUUGCUUUAACUUGUGCUAUUUUAAAGCUGAAUUUGACAAAUUUCUUUUGUGCUAUGUCUUGACUUUCAUGAGUUAUUUUAAAGGCAUAGAUACAAAAUUCUUAAUCUUGAACUGACAUUAGAAUCAUGUGACAACUGUGUUUCAUUGUUGCUUAUUUGAACAUCAUGUUUGCAAUUCAUAAAAGACAUGAACUGUUAAAUCUUAACUUAGUGGUCAUCACUUGUUGUCUUACCAUUAUUGCUUGUUGAAGUUCAUGACUUUACUUUCAGUAAGCUCAUAAUUGCAAAUCUUUCUAAGCUUAAGGGAUGUGGAAGGUAAGUGUGUAAAGAAAGUGCCCUGUAUACCACUUGUUGACUUCUUAAAAACUGUUAUAGAAACAUAGAAUGCAGUAUGUGCAAAUUCUUUUUCACUCAUUCUGUCUGUAAAUUUCGCUAAGCGAAAUUCCUGUGGCUUAGCGAAAGUACCAGUUUCUGAAUCUAUUCUGCUGUGUUCUUGAGAGACAUGUGUGUGGUGUUAUUUGCUAUAUUAACAUUUGUUUCAGAGAUGGCACCAAAGAGGCAUUUGAUGCCUGAUUAGGAAUGGCCUAUGGAAAGGCCAUUUUACUUGGAGGAGGUGAGACAGGCUGCUGUUGGUACCAAGGAAGUGAAGAAGAUCCAGACAACUGACAAGAGAAAGAUAGACCGAGAAAGCUCUCCAAAACUCUGUGAAGUUUAUUUUAAAUAGCUUUCGGUUAAAUUUAUGCUUUAUCUUAAUUUAUAUUUCUCUUGUGGUCUGAACAACAUGUUGAUGGUUGAUUGAAAAAAUGGUUCAAAUUUUUGAUUUUUGAAUAUCAUGUGCAUAUGAAUUGAAAAGCUUAGGUUUAUGAGUAAUCAAAUUCAAAUGCAUGAUUAGAAUAAUUUUUCAAUUGCUUUAGUUGAGGUCAAAUCUUUGUGAUUAUAUAUCUUUGAAUGAUAGGAUGAAUUUGAACUAAGUAGCUUUAUUCAAUUUGAUUUCAUCCAUUCCUUCUUAACUUGAUUAAUUGAUUAUGAAUCACUUAGACCUAGCCGGGUGAGAUUGUGUGAACCUUCCAUUGUUUAUAUAUUUGAGAGCCGACAAUUGUGUUUAACUCUGUUGAUUUUAACUGAAUCUUGCUAUUACUUGAUGUGUUUGAAGUCAUGGAAAUGAUCAAGGCCAUGUUUCUAUUUGAGUGCAACUACUUGAGCCAAAAUAACCUACCUUGUGAGUUGUAUGAUCCUUUGCUACCCCCAUGAGCCAAAAAUUUUGAAAAUUUGUUUGUUGUGAACCCUUGAACCAAAAUAAAGAAAAACAAUGACUUAACCCUUGUCUUAGGAUGUUUGAGCAUUGAGUUUAAGUAGGGUUAAAAACAAGUUGGGGAGAAAGAGGUUAUUUGUUUGAGAAAAAGAAAGAAAAAAAAAAGUAGUUGAAAAAUAUGAGUUGUUGAAGAUGGUGAUUGAAAAAGAAAAACAUUGUAAGUCAUUUGACACACAAAUGAAAAUCAAAGAAAAUGUGUUUCAAAAGAAAAGGAAAUGAAUAGAAAUUGUGUCAAAAGAAUCCCAAAAGUAAAGAAUGGGGAAAGUGAAAGAGGAUGAAUAGCUUAUGUAAUGUUAUGAAGAUACUCAAAGUUUAUGCUCUCUCAUCCUUAAGGCUUUUUGAAUCCAAAGAAAAACAAUUAUUUUUUGUAGCCUAGCCCCAUUACAAGCUUAAGAAAGACCUUAGUGAUCCAUGAUUGAUAACAUGUCUUGUGAUUAUGUUGAGAUGUAUGUUUGAAUUGAUUUGUUGUGAACACAUUGCUUGGAUUGAGAGAAACACUACACCCUUGAGUUGAAACACUUGUGAGAAUUGUGAUUCUAGUUGAUUGUCUUGUUGAUUUGGAAAGUUUGAAAUCUUACUUGAAUUUUGAAACUAUUUCACAUUCAUGCUUUGAUUUUUUGAUGAUUAUGAAGGUUUGAUUUUGAACUUGCAAUACAUUGAAUCAUGCAAACUUGAAAUGAUUGAAAUCCAAAGUUUUUGAUUGAUCAUAAAUCUUGAUUGAAUCAUGCACGGAUGAGGUUUGAACCAUAUUUUGAGAGUUUAUUUUGGACUUUUGUUUGAGGACAAACAAAGUUCUAAGUUGGGGAGAGUUGAUAAGUGCCAAAAAGUGGUAAUUUUACAUAUAUAUUUUGGGCACUUAUUGACUUGUUUUAAAAGUAAUUUCAUAUAAAAAAACCAACUAAUUGUAAAUAUUAGUUUUAAUUAACAAAUUAGUCAUUUAUGUUAUUUCUACCUAAUUCCAACACAUUUUUGUAGGUUUUAUGAGCUUAAUGGAAAAAUAGAAGCAAUGAGACCUAUUGGAGACUAAGAAAAAUUGUCAUUGGACCAAAAUUAUGAAGAGGCACAAUUGUCCUCUUGUUUAAAGUGAUAAGAAGAUUUUCUAUUGGUCAAAAAGAGUUGCAGCAGUGUUUUUAUUCUUAAUUAUAAAAGCUAACUUAGCCAUGAAGGAUAUCAUCAUAGUGUAAGCACCGCCUUGUGCAAUUUGCUUAGCAUUAAAAGCCUAUAAAAGGCAUGUGAAGCCAUUCCUUGAGAAUUCAAUUCAUUCCAUACAAAAAACACAACACGCCCAACAUUAGAAGAAACAGGGGAGGAGAGCUUAACGCGUAACGCAGGGAGUGAAGCUCGGAACGACGGAGGAAACUGCGGUGGAUGCACACCAACUGUUUGAGAAAUCAACCGGUGUUGUUAUUUCAUCUCUUUUCUUCUUAUUUGUGUAAAACUAUCAUGGUAAUGAGUAGUUAAAGACACUUUUGUUGGGAUUAGGUGUAAAUUACUCUAUUAGUAUGUGUUUCUAUUGAUAUGGUUUUAUAUAUGGUUUUAGUUGUCUCUCAA